GGGCUUAAAAACGCAAAAAAGUGAAACCACCCUCCAGAGUGGAAUUCUUAAAAACGAUCUACCCUCGCAUUCUCGUCUAAAGGGUAAAAACGCAAAAGACUGCUCACGGUGGCUCUCGUAGCGUACGCGUUUACGUCACAGGCAAGCGCCAGUUCAGAAAAAAUAACAACAAACAUGUCGGAUCACUUCCAUACGUCGGACCUUCAAGUUACCAUAGCAGCUCUGAUGAAUAUACAAGAGUCUUUACAGCAGUUGUACGAAAUAUUCACAACUAGAAUUACUGAUCAGAGAAGGCGCAUUAAUUACCUCCAUCAAAUUGUUGAUGCGCCGAUUCGUCGGAGGCAAAUCAGGCGGCUUUGGACGAGACCUGGGAGAACCAGUAAAUGGUGGGACAACUUUGUGGAAGGAGUAGUUGAUGACCAUGCAUGGCGUGAAAACUUCCGUAUGUCCAAAGAUUGUGUUGUCGCCUUAAGUGAAGAACUAAGCCCUUACAUCAAGGGUGAAACAACGAACAUGAGAACACCUGUUGGAGUACUCAAAAAGGUAGCUUGCACGUUGUAUUAUUUAAGCGACGAGGGGCGGCUACGAAAAACCGCGAACGCCUUCGGCUUAUCACGGUCCACUGUGUCGGUCAUCAUCAGACAAACAUGCAAAGCUAUAACGGUCCACCUCGGUCCGAAAUACAUACAUUUGCCAUUCACUGUGCCCGAGGCAGAGGAGCUCGUUUGCGGAUUUCUGCAGGAUCAUGGAAUGCCUCAAUGUUUGGGAGCUGUAGACGGGACCCACAUUGAAAUAAAACAGCCAGCCGUCAACGCCAUGGAUUACAUAAACAGAAAGGGCAAGUUUUCCCUAAACGUCCAAGCUGUGUGCGACCACAAAUACAGAUUCAUGGAUGUGGUCAUAAAAUGGCCUGGAAGUGUCCACGAUGCGCGUGUCUUCGCCAAUUCCAAAGUGAACACCUACUUCAAGACUGGGAAGAUACCUUCACUCGAAAAGCAGAUUGUGGAUGGAGAGCAGCCCAUACCCAUCUUUAUUUUGGGUGAUCCUGCCUACCCCCUUCUCCCUUACCUUAUGAAAGAGUACUCAAAUGGAGGCUCUACCCCAUCAGAACAGUACUUUGGACUUUGUUUGUGUAAGGCCCGUAUGGUGAUCGAAUGUGCAUUUGGUCGGCUAAAGGCCAGGUUUGCAGCCCUGAGGCGGCCCAUGGACAUAAAUCUCCUUGACCUGCCAAGUGUUAUUUACGCUUGCUUUGUGCUCCACAACUACUGUGAGUCCUGUAACGACACUGUGGAUCACCAUGUUGAGCAGGAAGCCAUAGAGCAUGACAGGGAUGUGCAGCCUCCCACCCAGACAAACAGCUAUCUGACUGACUGUAAUGAGGGAAGUGGAAAGAGAGUGCGGAGAAUCCUCACCAAAUACCUUGACCCUUAA